AAAAAAUGUCUUCUUUAAGAUUUAUUCUCGUACUUCUUAUAUCACUAACUCCAUUUUCAUCUUCGCAACAAAUUCAAGAAACCUUCCAUCAAUGUCUUUCGAACAUCCAAACCCCCAACUCUUUCUUCACCAAAAACGACACUAACUUCAUCUCAAUCCUCAAUUCCCGGGCCAUAAAUCUCAGAUUCACAACCCAAUCAACCCCAAAACCCGAAUCCAUUUUCACCCCAUCAAACGAAUCCCACAUCCAAUCCGCGGUUAUUUGUGCUAAAAAGCUCGGGAUUCAUAUUCGGAUAAGAAGUGGUGGGCAUGAUUAUGAAGGAGUGUCCUAUACAUCGGUUACGGGUCCCACGUUUGUUGUCAUUGACUUGUCAAAGAUGCGAGCAGUCAACGUUGACUUGGCGGAUAAUUCCGUUUGGGUUGAGGCGGGGGCCACAAUCGGUGAGGUUUAUUAUCGGGUGGCGGAGAAGAGCAAAACGGUUGGGAUUCCGGGGAGUAUUUGCACGAGUUUGGGGGUGGGCGGACUUGUGUCGGGAGGCGGGUACGGGUCGUUGAUGAGAAAAUACGGGCUUUUGGGGGAUAACGUGAUAGACGCGAGAAUUGUUAAUGCAAAUGGGAAGAUUUUAGAUCGAAAAUCGAUGGGGGAGGAUGUUUUUUGGGCAAUACGCGGUGGUGGUGGGGGUAGUUUUGGAAUUAUUGUUUCGUGGAAACUGAAACUUGUACCUGUUCCUGCCACUGUCACUGUUUUCAACGUUCCAAGAACAUUGGAACAAGGCGCUACCAAGAUUCUUUACAAAUGGCAACAAGUGGCACCAAAUUUCGAUGAAGAUCUUUUUGUCAGAGCCUUUAUUAGUCGUACAAGUGAUAAAACACUAAGUACGACUUACCAAGCGUUGUUUCUCGGUAGGGGAGAUAGACUGUUGGAGAUUAUGAAUGCGGGUUUUCCGGAAUUGGGAGUAAAAAAGGAGGAUUUUAUCGAAAUGAGUUGGAUCGAGUCGGUUAUGUUUAUCGGGGCGUACCCUUUAAACACCCCGCCAUCUGUCCUCCUUGAUGGAAAACCGAGGUCUUUGAAUUAUUUCAAAGCAAAAUCGGAUUUUGUGAAGGAAGUGAUACCGGAAUCGGGGUUAGAAGGAUUAUGGAAAAUAAUGUUGGAAGAAGGAAGUCCUUUUAUCAUUUGGAACCCGUACGGCGGAAUCAUGAGCAAGAUUUCGGAAUCAUCUAUUCCGUUUCCGCAUAGGAACGGAAUUCUUUUUAAGAUUCAGUACUAUAGCUCGUGGAUGGAUUCUGGAAUGGAGGACAAGUAUGUAAGUAUGAAUCGGAAGGUUUAUGAGUAUAUGACAAAGUAUGUUUCAAAGUCCCCAAGAGAAGCUUAUGUAAAUUAUAGAGAUCUUGAUCUUGGAAUAAAUGGAGAAAGUAAUGUUAAUUGGGGAAUUAACUACUUUAAAGAUAACUUUUCUAAGUUGAGGAAAAUUAAGAGCAAGUUUGACCCUUCAAACUUCUUCCGUCAUGAACAGAGCAUCCCUGUUCUUAAGUGACAAACUUGUGAAACCAUAUAGUUAGAAUAAAUAAUGGGUUUAAUGUCAUGAAUCUAAAUAAUGGUCAGUUUGUGAAACUAUUAUUGGUACUUUAUUUAAACCAUUUUGACAUUCAAUGCGGCAAAAUUAUAC